UUCCCAUCACAUGUACAUUUCAAAGAUGGGUGGAACCAACAAGGCUGAAAUGUCAGAGCUGACCGACCUCAUUCACUGCAGAGACACAGACCGGAGCUCAAGCUAACACAGUGAACUCAUUGGUCAUUGGUCAUUGUCACUGAGGAAGGAAAUGGCUCAGAGAGAAUUUCAGCUGGAGCAGGAAACGUUCUGCUGUUCGAUCUGUUUGGAUCUACUGAAGGAUCCGGUGACUACUGGCUGUGGACACAGCUACUGUAAGAGCUGUAUUAACACCCACUGGGACAAUGGGGAGGAGAGAGGAAGCUACAGCUGUCCUCAGUGUGGACAGACCUUCACACCGAGGCCUGUCCUGGUGAAAAACACCAUGUUAGCUGAUUUAGUGGAGGAGCUGAAGAAGACUGGACUCCAAGCUGCUCCUGCUGAUCACUACUAUGCUGGACCUGGAGAUGUGGCCUGUGAUGUCUGCACUGGGAGAAAACUGAAAGCUCUCAAGUCCUGUUUGAUUUGUUUGGCCUCUUAUUGUGAAAAACACCUCCAGCCUCAUCUUCAGUCAGCUCCAUUGAAGAAGCACAAGCUAGUGGAGCCCUCGGAGAAGCUCCAGGAGAACAUCUGCUCUCGUCACGACGAGGUGAUGAAGAUGUUCUGCCGCACUGAUCAGCAGUGUAUCUGUUAUCUCUGCUCUGUGGAGGAACAUAAAGACCACGACACAGUGUUAGCUGCAGCAGAAAGGACUGAGAGGCAGAGAGAGCUCGGGCUGAGGAGACAAACAAUCCAGCAGAGAGUCCAGGACACAGAGAAAGACGUGAAGCUGCUUCAACAGGAGGAGAAGGCCAUCAAUGGCUCUGCUGAUAAAGCAGUGGAGGACAGUGAGGAGAUCUUCACUGAGCUGAUCCACCUGCUGAAGAAAAGAAGCUCUGAUGUGAAGCAGCAGAUCAGAUCCCAGCAGGAAACUGAAGUGAGUCGAGUCAGAGAGCUUCAGGAGAGACUGGAGCAGGAGAUCACUGAGCUGAAGAGGAAAGACCAGGAACUGAAGCAGCUCUCAGACACAGAGGAUCACAGCCAGUUUCUACACAACUACCCCUCACUGUCACCACUCAGUGGAUCUACACACUCAUCCAGCUUCAGGAUCCGUCCUCUGAGAUAUUUUGAGGACGUGUCACCAGCUGUGUCCCAGGUCAGAGGUCGACUACAGGACAUUCUGAGUGAGACAGAGACACAGAUUUUACAGAUUGUGUCUCAAGUGGAUGUUUUACUGCCACAACCAGAACCAGAGACCAGAGCUGACUUCUUAAGAUAUUCACAGGAAAUCACACUGGAUCCAAACACAGCAAACAAAUAUCUGUUUUUAUCUGAGGGAAACAGAAAGGUAAGAUAUAUGAGAGAAGAUCAGUCUUAUUCUAAUCAUCCAGACAGAUUCACUUAUUGGCCUCAGAUCCUGAGUAGAGAGAGUCUGACUGGACGUUGUUACUGGGAGGUGGAGGUGGAGCGUGGGAUGAUAGGAAGAGUUGGUGUAGCAGUCACAUACAAGAAUAUCAGCAGAGCAGGACACUCAGAUGAAUGUGAAUUUGGAUUCAAUAAUAAAUCUUGGAUGUUAUAUUGUGGUAGAAACCGAUAUAUCUUUUAUAACAACAGCAUCAAGACUCGAGUGUCAGGUCCUGUGUCCUCCAGAGUAGGAGUGUACCUGGAUCACAGAGCAGGUGUUCUGUCCUUCUACAGAGUCUCUGACACCAUGACUCUCCUCCACAGAGUCCAGACCAUAUUCACUCAGCCUCUCUAUGCUGGAGUUAGGGUUUAUUAUCAUUCUGGAUGCACAGCUGAGUUCUGUAAACUCAAAUAGACUCGAGUCAUUAAAAGCAGUGAUUUAGAUUCUGUGUUUAAAUCUUUAACUUCUUUUGUCUCCAUGUUUGUUGAUCACAGUUCGUCGUGGUGACGUUUCUGCUCUGCUCCAUGAUCAGCUGUCAAUCAAACACUGACCUUCCUUUAUCACACAUAUUUAGUUCUCACUUUGUAAAAACAGAAAUCUAUAAUUAAACUGACAUGAAUUUGUUUGCAGAAGCUUUUCAUGGGUUUUUCAGAAUGAUGUGUGGAUGCAUGUCCCGUCCACUUGCCCAUGUGAAAACAUCUAUAGUGUGUUUUGUGGGAUAUCUUUUUCAUGCUGUGUGUUAAAAUUACUGCAUUGUUUCAGUUUUCCAUCUUUUUUUUCUUCUGUUUCUGUUUUCAGUUGGAGAAUUGUUAAUGUGCUUAAUUGGUCUCUUUCUUGAAAAAGCAGUAAGUGUAUAGUCGGGGGACUUUGUUUUUAGGGCUGCAACUUAUUCAGUGAAUGAUUUCAUCGGUUCAAUCAAUCAAUCAAUAAAUCAAUCAAUCACUUAAUCAAUCAAUCAAUCAGCUCCACAGAACAAGACAGGGUUCCAUAAUGCUCAUGACUGUUUAGUUUACAGUUUUUGUGAAACAGAAGAAGGCCCGUCACCUUUGAGACGGUGGUACCAGAGGAUGUUUGAAAUUUUUCUCUUGUGUAACUUCAUGUUUUGAUUUAUUGAUGUGAAAUUAUGUUUAAUAUAUAAUUCUAUUUGUAUCAUGUAAAUUGUGAUUGUAUUCACUUGUUAACUGUGUGCAUCAGUGGUAAUAAACUCAUGUUCAAUAUUGAUUUCGACUGCUCCUAAACGUUAAUGCAUCUGACGCUCGACUGUUCAGUUUAACAAAUAGUCCAAAGAAAUGUCUGAAUUCAUUAAUCAAUUUAAAUUGCUCACAAUCAAUAAUCAAUAUUUACAAAUUGUUGAAAAUAAGAACAUUGUAAAUCUUCACAUUCAAGAAGAUGAGUUAUGGAUUUGUGUUGUUUUAACAUCUUAAAUAAAAGAUCAUUUAAAAAACAUGUAUCAUCUAUAAUAAAAAAAGUAUAUUUGUAUCAUUUGAAUAAUCAAUAAACUCUCUAAUUGUUGAGCUUCAGAGAA